AUGAAUAGUCUUCUGUCCCGACUCAACAGGCGUGUUUGGCUGGCGUUUGCCGGUGGAGUGGCGCUUGUCAACUUUGUUGUCGCUGUCACGAUCAUCGUGAACUUCAAGAAGGGUACAGACUUUAAAAGCGAACUUCCCUACUACCUCUGGUGUCUGGUUUCUGUCAUCGUCUGGGUUGGCACAUUCGGUGCCCUUCCAUUUCUAGUCAAACCCCAUAUACCGCGCACUCAUAUCAUCGACGGAAUUGAUCCAGAACAGGGUCUUGAGCUGGAUAACGUCAACAUCUCUCAACAACAGAAUAUAGUGGGCUUGGUAGCUGAACCAGCCGCAGCUGAUGGUGCCUCUGCCGAUGUUUCCGACCCGGCCACAAUUGAUGAGAACCCUGUUGCCACAGGUGGCGGUGGUGAUGUUCGUCCGGAGGGAUCUUGA